AUGGCGAAUUCGGAAACUCCCCGGCUGGAGGAUUCAAAUACCUCACGUAAUAAACAAGGAGAGCACGAAAUACGAGCCCAAUUUGCCAGCACGGCCAGCUCGGUGAAGCCUCAGUCGUCUCCCCUUCUUUCUUCAACUCCACCGACUGUGGCGAAGGCCUUGGUGAAAGCAUACCCGUACUUGUUGAUUGUGAAUAAGUUGUUGGCCGUGGCAACAUGGACCAAUGAUGACUACUGGAUUAACAUCAUCUUGAUGUGCGUCUAUGGCUUUGCGGUUUUAUACUUUGAGACUCUAGUAACAUGGCUGGGCCAUUUGAUCUUGGUGGGAGCUGUGAUCAUGUACGCUGUGCUCAAUAACAGAAUUGUGGAAGAAACGAACCUUAGGCCUACGUUGGAUGAUGUUGUGCAAGCUUUGACCACUACUUGUAUCAAGGCCGACAUUCUUUUGAGUCCAAUUACCGCCUUGGCCUUGACCCCGUACGAUAUCAAGCGUCUUUUGUUCACAACGGUGUUUUUAACUCCAUUGUACUUGGUGGCUACAUUUUUGCUCAUAAAGCCUCGUACCAUCUUGUUGCAUGCUGGUCUUUUCCUUCUAUCGUAUCACCUGGGGUACUCGCGCGUUACAAGGAGGUUGGUCUGGAAGCUUAAGAUCACGAGAGUUGUAUGUUUCUAUUUGACAGGUCUCGACUUUUCUCAAGCUCGUAACAGCUCCUUGUUUGCUGCUGCGUUUGCUAAAGUUCAAAAAACAGCUUCUUCAUCCUCGACUGUUGGUGCUGAUCCAUCAAAGCCUGUGCGCUUCACUUACGUUAUCUACGAGAACCAGCGUCGUUGGUUAGGAAUUGGCUGGACUUCCAAUUUGCUCUCGUACGAGCGUGCUCCAUGGACCGAUGAGUUCUUGAAUGAGUCGUCCUCGGUUGAAUCGUUUGAGUUGCCUAACUCAGAGGCCGCUUCUUCAGUCACACAGCCAACUUACGUUCAGCAUCCAAAUAUCGAAGGUGCCCAUUGGAGAUGGGUUGACAAAGCAUGGAGGCUCGAUUUGACCAACGAUGGUGCCAUUACUCUUGCAUCAGGCAAGAGGUCGAAGACCACAGCGAACCCAACUGCUGAUGAGGGCUACCUUUAUUUCGACAAUGUUUGGAAGAAGCCUUCUACGGAAGAUUCUUAUUCCAAAUAUACUCGUAGACGUCGUUGGGUGAGAACUGCUGAGUUGGUCUUUAACAACUCUACUGACGUCAGCAAUAAUCUGACUUCUUUCGCCCUGGGCGUUGAGGACAUCUCCACUGAGGACUCAAGUUCCAAAAACAGAAAAAGCUUGCGUUUCGCUGAGGACCCUGAACCUUUGUCAGAUGCUACUGUCGAAGCUGUCAUCUCAGAAGACGCACCAGACAAGAAAGAUGAAUGA